AUGGAUGAUCAUUACGAUAGACAGAUACACGAGGAUGAUUCGGUAGAAUUGAAGUGGGAUUCUGAUAGUAGCAAGAAAAGACGAUGUGCUGCAAAACGUGUCAAUGAUUCACAUUGUUCUGCACCAUCGUCAUCACCGCAUUCAAGUCCAGUUGACGCAUCAAUGCUCACUGAUUUUAAUUCUGGUGAAUUGAACGACGCAAUUCGAACAUACAGUCGUUGCAAGAAUGAUACACGACCAACAAAAUCGGAAGAUGAAAAUGGAGAUUGGUGGAUACAGCUUGAUGAGCUGCCAACACGAGAUGACGAAAACGAUUCGCCUUUACUGAUUCGAACAUCAGUGAGUCCAGUUUUUGCUGAAUCGAUGAGUUCCAAAAGCGAGCUAGAAGAUGUAGUGGAAAGUGUGGAGAGUCCACAGAGUAAAUUUGAAUUGGAUGAAGAUGACGAGCAAAUACGAUAUCCAUCGACAUUAUCGAAACGACAAAUUGCGGCUUAUUUUCAAAAAUUCUGUAAUGUUCCAGAAGUACCACUGCCAUCAGUUUUUCAUAAUAGUCCAACUGGUAGAGCAAUGUCAAGUUCGGCUCCAGCAUCUACCGUCGGGUCAUCAUCUUCAAAUAUUGGCGACCCUUUGCAACGACCAAAUACCUUUGACGUUAAAACAUCACCAUCAGCACAUGCUGAAUUAAAUGCUAUUGCAAGUGAGAGACCGAAAGAAUGGGAAGAUUUCACCGAGCUACCAUCAGGGAUGUUGACUCGUUUAUUCGAUCAGUUACAUCGUACGAGGUGGAUAGUGCCUGUGUUACCCAAUCAAGAAUUAGAAGGACUAAUGGAAGUUGCAAUUGUGCUCAUAAAGCGAGGUACUGAUAGGACAUCGAAAUAUUUCGAAGGUUUUCUCGAAAAAGGACUUCAAGUUGCUUUCGAUAAGUUGAUGAAUGACGAGGCGCUGAAGGAUUGGAAAAUUGAAAUCCAUAGAUUUAUUUGGCUAAGUGUUGCGCGAUUCCUCGUCAUGUUCACGGAGAAAAUGCGGCAAACGCUUGCAGCAGAAGAUUUUCAUCACGCAUACUGGAAAAUACUGCAAUACGCCUUGUCCAGCAAUAGUCGUUUUCAUAUGCAAAAUUUUGGACGCAAGGCAGAUUUCUUGCAAAUGGAAUUUGAUCCGAAUGAAUUGAUACGUUACACCUCAAUUAACACCGUUGAUGAAGUAUAUCAGAGAGUUUUGCAAUUGUGGCUUUUGCUAUUACUAAGUUAUUUCGGAAAGAUUGGUGGCUUCACACUGAUGAAGAAUUUCCUGGAGAGAAACGUUAAUGAAACAACAAAAAUUACUGAUUUUAUCGAUUGGCUUCGACCAUUUGCUUCUUGUUCACUCCUGUUGAAACCAGCACUUAUUACAGAAACUUUUGGUCCAACUAUUCAAGUAGCAGUGGCACGACUAGAGCACAUGGACGAUAAGGAACUGAAGUGCGAAACGGUAAAAGGUGAUUUAAACGAGUCACCAUAUAUUGAGUUGGCAAAAGUAUUACAAAGCUUAUUACUGAUUAAUCCAGAAAUGACACAUCUUGGACGACAAAUGCAGUUUUUCUCACUGCGAUAUAUUUUGCGAGUACUUCAAGUAGCACCUUUUGCUGGACGCAUAGCAGCUUUAGAAGAAUUACAUAUGGUUUUGCACAAUGCGGCGUCAGAAUUUCGGCAGGAUGUAUUCUUACCGUUCUUUCAGCAAGAAAUAGUAAUUUCGAUGAAUGACUUGACAGAAUGGCUAAGGAAGCAACAUCUUAUCGAAAUAUUGGUUCGUGAUAAUUUGCAUCAUCCGUCAUAUUGCGAAAGAUUGGAAAGAGUAUUCCGAGUGUUACUGGAAAGAAAUGCUAUAACAGUUGAUGAUUUGGAUAUCCUAUGGAAUGUACAACGUGAGAAACAUGAUGUCAUUCAGCGAAAUGUUCAUGACCUAAUAGCGAAGUUAGUUAAUGGAUUGAACAACGUAUUGCAAAAGCAUUUAUUUGAACGUAUGAAGGAGAGUUGGACAAAAUCAUCUUCAAGACAACGAACACUUCUGCUUGAUCUCAUACGUCGAAUUGGCGUCGAUUUUAGUAGUCUUACCGAAAAGGAGUUAACUAUAAAAUCUCUUUCGCUGCUAUGGGAUUUGUUCCAUGAUGAACGGUUACCUGUGGAAAUGAUUGAUGCAGCUCUAGAAGCACAUUUCAAUGUACUAGAAAGUGCAGUACCUGCUGAAGAAUUAAGGAGACAUUACAUCGAACGUUGUAUUGAUGAAUUACUUCUGGAUUCAGUAUUCGUACUUCCUGCAUUAAAGCAUAUGCAGCGGCUAAUGACUUUAAUGCCAGAAUGUGACUAUAGUACAGGCAGAAAAGUGACACGGGCGGAAUACAUCGCUACCGUACAGCAAGAUACAGAGCUGUGCUCAAGACUAUCGAAAAAUGUUGCUCUAUACAUGGAAAAAGUGCGAAAUGCUGUGAAUGAUCGACCGCACAUUUAUGCUGCUGUAGAAGACGCAGGUAGUCUAGUGUUUGUUGGUCGUUACACUCAUAGUGAUAAUUUACGAAUUCGGCUCAGCUUUCUGCAUUUUCUUCUUUCUGAUGGACAACUUUGGCUCAUGGCACCGCAGGCGAAUGAAUUGUGGGAUGCUCUUAUUGUCCGAUCAGUCUUUGAUUAUGAGCGCACAUAUGGCUUUCAACUGUUUGGUACAAUGCAAGAUCAAGAAGAUAUCGAUCCGAAAGCACUUGAUCAACUGUUUACAUCCAGAAUCCUAAAACUUCCAGUUGAAUUGCUAAACGAAGAAGGUUUUUCAUGUUUCAAAACCUUUUGGACUUCAGUAAAUAAGAAACACAGUAAGCUGUUCCAACCCACUGAAGGAAUAUUACAUUAUUUAAUGUGUGAUUUUGAUCUUGAGGGUAUGGAUUAUCUAUGGGAAAUAAUGCUGCAAGCUCGUACCGAAGUAUCACAUUUAGCAGUUUCCUUAUGGGUCGAAAUUUUGGCAAAUCCUCAUACUACAUUGAUCUCUGAUUUUGCUCAUUUGAUUCAGACAGUAGUUAAUAAAUGUUUCGUAAUGCUGAAAACGAAACACGAUGACCUCAUCAAAAGAGUUGAUAGUGACGACAAAAAAAUGAAAAUGCUUGAUCGGAUGGGUAGAAUCUUAACGGCUCUCAAUUCAUAUAUCUGUGUAUUUGACGAUGAUUACUAUACGCCCGAAAGAUCCCAACAGCCACUUCGUAAGGCGGGCUUGGGACGAUGCUUUGUAUUACCACUUCUACUAAAUUAUUUAGAUGAAAAACUGCCGAGUGGCGCCGACACGAACUCAUCAUUACUAGAAGACGAAGAUCAUGCUAUUCCAGUUCACUCGACUAUGCCACUUUCAGCUUUGAAACUCAAGAUUGACGAUAAAUUACGACAUAUAGAUGGCUGCACUAUUGCCGGAUUGCUUGUACCAGUGCAGUUAACCGUUCAGUCCCUUAAUCCACCAGAAACAAGGACACUGCACCCAUCUGAUCGUCGUAAAACACUUGAUGAAUUAGGAAUAGAUUCCAGUGCUCAUAUUAUAAUUCGUCUUCAAAAUCGUCCAAUAAGAUGGAAUAAUCGUUUAAGCACUGAUUCUAGUCCUGAUCAAACACUUAGCAGCUGGAAUGAAGAGACAACAUCUGGUAAUGAAGAAAAUGAACGUAUUUUGCCAGGCUCUGUAAUAGCUGUAAAUCCUGAUCAUGUUCGAUUCCUUUAUACCUUAGCCGACAUCGGAUAUGCAUAUGGGAAUAAUUAUUUAAGGAAAUCUGCGACCGAUGUCUUAAAUCAAAUACCACCAGAUACAAUGUCAGUAACGUUGCUAAGAGAAUUAGUAGAAUCAGGACGAUUUUUUGAUCUGUUACCAUCCGAAUCAUCUAACCAUGCCUUGCAUCUUUUGCGUGUGCUGCAUUCCUUACUUUUGCCGUACAAUGGACAUUUCAUGACUGAGGCUACGGAAUUUCAGAUUCUUUUCCUGACAUCACCAAGUUGUUUGGCAGUAUUUUCGUUCUUGGGAGAUCCUCAGAUUUUGUGUCGAUGGGAUGAAUAUGCUUGUACUGCAAUUGUUUGGUGGUUAGCAAAUAUAGCGAAAUUUGUUCUCUUCGUAGCGGCACGCCUCAAAUAUUUGAGGACUGCCAAUGAGAAGGGAAAUGAAUUUUUUGAAACGGGUCGAGUUAUUGAUCGUGAACAAGCAAUUUUUAAAGAGCUUUGUUGUGUAGUUGCGCAUGAUCUCAAUGAUCGUAUCGAAAAGAAUGCUGAAACCAUUGCAACAAUUUGUCAAUUAUUUACCGCAGAUAGCAAUCGGAUUGAAUGUUUUCUACGGCUUGCGUGGGCAGUUGGUUCACGAAAUAUACCCUUACGUCCUAUCUCGGGUGGUUUGGCAAAGAAUUCAUCUAUUGAAACAAUCCGGCAAUCACAACCUGCAGCUUUUACUCUGGAAGAACCAACAGAAUGCUUAUUGGAUGCAUUUGCGAUAGAAGUCGUUAGUGGAGAUGCAACAUCAGAAGUUCUUAAAAUCAUUCACCUGUGGAAUCUUCUCGUAUCCGACUUAUUGUUUUGCAAAAGCUUGGUAAUCCGGCGCUAUUUCUCAGCUUUAAUUCGACGAAUGGUUUGUCGUAUGGGUUCGGCCGAGCGACAGCUUUCGUCAGCACUGUUACAAUUACUUUUCAACAAACUAGAAGAAAGUGAUGAAAAGCUAAUGAAGAAUGCAGAAUUUUUUGGCUUAUUGUGCAACCUAUUGGACCACUGCAGAAAUAAUCAGAUUUACGUUGACGAUGUAAUGCAGCAAACAGAAAAGAUUUUGGAUUGGUUAGAUCGUGCGAAGCAGCAUACUAUUGCAAAUCAGGAAAGUUAUCCUAAUGACAAAUUACUAAUUGGACGACUUGAUGUGUGUCGUAGUUUACUGGGGUUUCUUACGAAUGAAGAAAAAGUUAUGAUUGGUUCAGAACCUAAUGGUACACAACUUGUCAAGCAGUUGUUGGACGAGUUUAUUUUGCCAUCUUCGCGAACUUAUGUUAAUUUGAUGCGGCAAAGAGAUAACGAUAGCGAUGUUCAUAUACAACGUUCAGUGACACAUUCAGCAAUCUCGAGAGAUAUAGAUGAGUCAGAUAAGAUUACGCCACGCUCAGAAACAAUGGAACCAUUGCUUUCUUCCCGUUCUAUUCCAGUAUGUGGUACCAGCGAAAGUGCCAAAGCAGCAUAUAGUUUGAUUAUCGCACUUUGUGACACGACUCCGCUCAACUAUCGAUGUAUAGUUGAAAAUCUUCUCGAGCUUUUCUACUCAGAGUCAGUUCCUACUAUGAAUAUUGAAUGGGAAUAUAUACCCGGAUAUUCCAUUCGUUCACCGAAUAGUUAUGUAGGACUGAAGAAUGGUGGAGCUACUUGUUACAUGAACUCUGUAUUCCAACAGAUAUUCAUGAUUGAACCGCUGCGUAACGUCAUUAUCAAUGCGAACUUUACGGAUGAUAUGAGCAUCGAAGAAAUGGUUGCAAAUGAGUACACUGUUGCGGAGGAGCACUAUCAUGCAACAAUUUUGAAAGCAGUGCAAUCAAUUUUUGCACAUCUGCUUGGUUCUGAAAUGCAGUUCUACUCUCCGAAAUUUUUCUGGAAGCAUUUUCGAUUCUAUGGUCAAGCAGUAAACGUGCGAGAGCAACAGGAUGCUUUAGAAUUUUACAACGCUCUUUUUGAUUCUAUAGAUGAAGGUCUUAAGAAGUUGGGUGAACCGCCAAUUUGUGAGAAUUUAUUUGGUGGAACAUUUGCUGAUCAAAAGAUUUGCAAAGAUUGUCCGCACAGAUAUCAACGCGAAGAACCGUUCACAUCAAUCUCAGUUGACGUACGAUCUCAUAAUAACCUUCUCGAUUCCCUUAAAGAAUACGUAAAAGGGGAUUUGUUGAACAAUGAUAAUGCAUAUUUGUGUGAAGAAUGUAAUAAGAAAGUAACAGCAAUCAAACGAUUAUGUGUUGCUAGAUUACCGCCUUAUUUGACAAUACAGUUGAAAAGAUUUGAUUUUGAUUGGGAACGUGAUUCAUCACAAAAAUAUAAUGAUUAUUUCGAAUUUCCGAUUGAUCUUGAUAUGAUGCCCUUUACCGUUCAUGGAUUAGCUCAAACCGAUGGAGAAAUUUCGAAGGAAGAGUUGACGCAUUCGUCAGUAACUGAUAGCGGCCGAGGCACAUCUGAAAGAGCAUCACCGGAAACAAACGAUGUUUAUGGUACUGCAGGCACGUCCACGUCAGAAGUUAAGCUAGAUGAUAAUAAUACGAAAUACAGCCUACGUGGAGUGAUUGUACAUUCCGGACAAGCGAAUGGUGGCCAUUAUUAUUCAUUCAUUCGUUCCGAAGAAGAUGGUGGUCGUUGGUUCAAAUUCGAUGAUGUUGAUGUAACCGAAUGGCAUUUGAGUAAAGAGGAAAUGCAAAAUAUGUGGUUUGGUGGUGAGUAUAUUGCGGAAGGAUUUGAGAACAGCAGCCACUAUCAGAAAAAACGACAGAAGCGCUGGUGGAAUGCUUAUUUACUAAUUUACGAAAAGACAUCAACAACUGUUCCUUCUGUAACAUCAUCAUCAGCGGAACUAACGACUUCCUCUUCUACGCAGCCAUCACAUUCGUCCUCCAAUAGUCCGUUUAGUUUGGAUAAGAAAAUAAGUGCCAUGUCUAUUAGCAGUCGUAUCCGACAUAUGCCUCCAAAACUGGAAGCUUUGGUUCGAGGCAAAAAUACUUAUGCUAUGCAUGAACGUUCACAAUGUCAUGAUGUACAUUUAAGUACACGGGAAGCUUUUUUAUGUGCCAAUAAUUACAGACAAAUAGUCAAGUAUACUACAAAUUACUUCCAAUUCAUUCGGGAUAUAUGCUCACGAGCAGUUCAGAUGAUUAGUCAGAUAAAUGUCGAACUUCAGGAUGAUUAUUAUUUGUUAACGACAAAACUGCUGAGCAAGUUUCUAUUUUCUACUGGUCUUCGAGCAAAGAAAACAUUACGUAUUGGUAAUGUGACAGAGUGGCAGAAAACUUAUGAAAUAUUGUUUGCAUCAUCAAAAUCCUCGCGUGGAUGGUUCAUUUGUAAUAUUAUGUUUCAACCUAAAAUGGUUGUUUUGUAUCUUCUUACGGCACCUUCGACUGAUGUGCGAUACUUUUUUACAAAUGUAUUUGUAACACUUUUGAAUGCAGCAGCGCAUGAUUAUUUCGAUGUUAUUCGGCCAUAUAUGCGAGACUGCCCUGACUUCAAAAUUGAAGCCGUUUAUAAGGCGGGUGAUACAAUAUCUGAUAUGUUUAUUACUUUGUUACUUAUCAUUCCUCGCAAUUAUUUCACCGAAUUCAGCACUCAUCCUACCCAGUAUAUUGCUCUGUUCAAUCUUUAUGCUCUGUCGGGUUUAGAGCAGAAAAGACAGCUAGUGCGAAAAGGUGCCUUGCAUGCAUUGUUGGUGCUCAUUUCACGAGAUGAUUAUCAUAUCAAAGUGAUUUAUCAAGACAGUUCAAAACUAUAUGAAGUUAUUUCAUUACUUCUCAGAACUUGCAAAUUUGAAUGGCAAGGAGAGAAUGCUAAUUUGAAUCCAUAUGCUAUUACAACUGGUGGUCUUAUUCAAGCACCAGAAGAAGUUGCUCAGUGGAUGGAUGAACCACUUUUUGUUAACAGAUUGCUGAAGCAGUUGAUCGAAUUACCUACUGAUCGCGCAGUUGCACUGAAUACAAUAUUGUACUUGUGUUGGGAGAACCUUAACUUUACGAAGAUUCUUCUCUAUCAUUUUUCGUUUGAGUGUCUAUUUACACCGAAUGAAGUGAAAAACGCGACAAUAAUUAUAGAAAAUAUUCUUGAAAUUAAUGAUUCAGUAAAAAGGGAUCGACAGCGUUUGGUACUUUUAGGUUUCGAAAAUGGUCCUCAAAAUUACAAGGGCUUUAUUGCAAUAAUGUUCGUUCAGAAGGAUAUCUACUCAUGGAAAGCAUAUCAUUUGUUGCGAACUUUAAUCGAUAUCGCUUCUGAUAAUGAAGACAUUGUUAAGAUUCUUGUGGAAGAUGAACAAGCUCGCAAUAAUUUGUACAGAAUGAAGGACUGGUUUAAAUUGCAACUCGCUGCCAAUUCGGCUAAAUCGGACAUUUAUGAUUACGACAAUCGUCGCGAUGAUUUAGAUAAAUCGAGUGAGGCUGAAGGAAUGGAAAGUUUUAUUGAAAUCUAUGAAAAAUUUCAAGAUUUCCUUUCGAAACUCAAUAUUCCGUCCUCAGUUACUUCAAACGGCGGUAGUUCUUCAAGUGAUGGUGAUAGUUUUGCUAGGGAUGCUUUUUUCGGAGAUAUGUCGAUGGACGUCCCAGGAGUUUCAAGUGAAAGACGCUUACCAUAUGCUUCUGCAGAACAUUCGAGAUCAGCGGAAAAGUCUUCAGCAGAUUAUAGUAGAGCUGAAACAUCCUCGAAUGUUGAUCCAUCAAAAAAUAUUGUCUCUCCUAUAGAAUCCAAGUUAUCUUUGAAAACAGGAUGUUCUGAUGAAGCUUUAACUCUGGGCACAUCUAUGUCGUUCAGCGAGAGGCUUCUAGCUAAUGUCGGUCUACCACCUCCGCCACCAUAUUCAGAACACGAUUCAGCUAAUACAGCUUCACAGCAAUAUUCACGUGUUCGACAACCAAUGGCGCCUGUAGGUGCACCGCAUUCCUGGCAAAUUUCACUAUCUACUGGGAUGAAUCGUCCAGAAGAUGAUUCAUCAGUUGAAUCCACAUCGACGGGUGUUGAAAUGGAGGAUAUACCACCACCAUAUGAAUAA